UGGGACGCUCGGCACCGAGGCCCGCCGCCGUGACUUGGUUUUAUCUUCUCGGCAAUGGCUUACGAGAAGCCCGCGAGUGCCCGCAGCCAGCUCUUCGUGUGCGUGGAGACCUGGGUGUGGUUUCACGUUUACUUGGGGAUCAUGCAGAGGGCUUCGCGCCUGAAGAGAGAGUUGCACAUGUUGGCCACAGAGCCGCCCCCAGGCAUCACGUGCUGGCAAGAAAAGGACCAGAUGGAUGAUCUGCGAGCUCAAAUACUAGGUGGAUCUAACACACCUUAUGAAAAAGGUGUUUUCAAGCUGGAAGUUAUUAUUCCUGAGAGGUACCCGUUUGAACCUCCUCAGAUCCGAUUUCUGACUCCAAUUUAUCAUCCAAACAUUGAUUCUGCUGGGAGAAUUUGUCUGGAUGUUCUCAAAUUGCCACCAAAAGGAGCCUGGAGGCCGUCCCUCAACAUCGCCACUGUGCUGACCUCUAUUCAGCUGCUCAUGUCAGAACCCAACCCUGAUGACCCGCUGAUGGCUGACAUUUCCUCAGAAUUUAAAUAUAACAAGCCAGUCUUCCUCAAGAAUGCCAGGCUGUGGACAGAGAAACAUGCGAGACAAACAGAGAGGAUGGAAGAGGAAGAAGUGCUUGACGAUCUGCCAGAGGCCGAUGACUCCAGAGUACACAACCCCGCACAGAAGAGGAAAGCCACACAGCUAGGAGGCACCGAAAAGAAAUUUCACUUUGAUGUUUAGGGGUUUGUGUGGGUCCCUCUUAGUUAUAGUUAAUACAGUCUUUGUUGACAUGGUCUCAUUUGCCUACCACUCUUGAAUUUUUUUUUUUUAAUUCAGUGACAUCGUUUUUUGUAUCCUAUAAAAGACCCUGUAUGUUUAUGUAUGUUGCUGUACAGUGAAUCUCUGUAGUUUUAUUUAUCUUGUACAUACAUAUUUUGAAACCUUUUAAACAUGAAAAA